GGAAGCAGAGGGCCAUGAACGCACCAGCAGGUGUUACAGAGAAUGAUAUGCGUGCCUUCUUGCACGACAGAGUGGAAGCUGAUUUGGCAUACAUCUUACAAGAGAACGGUGUGCCAUUAGCCUUGCAGUACAAUCUCACCCAGGUGUUUGGCCAGCUCAGGCGCUUCAGUGCCAUUGCAGACACCCGACAGGGAGUGAGGCAAGCUUUGAGAGAUGAUUUGCAGGUCCAGGAAAACAGUUUGCAGAAUAGAGCUGCAGUGGCUGGAGUUGUAGCUGCUUGGGAAGCCUCCCGAGAGUAUGCAGCUAAGCAGGCAGAACUCAAAGCAGAAGCCAGGUUCCUAGGGGUCGCAAGGCCGGUGACUCAGACGGAUAGGGCAGCCAUGCGGGCAGCUUACAUUGCAACACAUGGAGAGAUCGAAGAGACGUACGAGCCUUCAGAUGACUAUCUUUCUUCAAAGAUUGAGGAAUUGGAAGCUCAUGAGCCAGUGGCGUCUUAUUUGAAUGAGGUCACUAGCAAGAAGACAGCCAAAACCAUGGGCAUUCAGACAUCCGAAAAUCCGGACGGGCAGAAGAUGCCUCUUCGAACAACAAUCGCAACUGGCGCCGACCUGAGUUUCCUGGAGGCAAUGGGCCACCGAAUAAGUGGCACAAAGGAACUGGCAAGAAAGGUGGCAAAGGCAAGUCGAAACAACGUCAAGGAGGCAAAGGUGGAUCUGAGCACUCUAUGGUUUCCUUUACAGAUGACAAUCGACAGAUUUGUUUUGCAUACAAUGCACAAGGCUGCAAAGGCGGCUGCGGCAGAGUUCAUGUUUGUAGGGUGCGGGGAUCUUAAAGAGCUCGAUAUUGAGCUUCACCAUUCCCAUGACUUGUCAAAGACAGAACUGUGGGAUGAUCUAUUCAAGGACAUUGAUCAAGGGCUUGUGGACGUUUUGUUGGUUUCACCACCAUGCAAUACAUUCAGCAGGGCAAGGCACCACUUUCGACAAGGAGGUCCAAGACCACUACGGUCAGCUACUUGGCCGUUGGGCUUCCCUUGGUUACGCAUGACAGAUCAAGAAACGGUGCAAACUGCAAAUUUCUUUAUUUUUCAAUGUUUGGAAGCUGCAAAGCGAAUGCAUGCGCAAGGACGGUUUUACUGGUGGGAACACCCUGAGGAUUUGGGAAAGACAAGGGCAGGAGAUUACCCUGCGUCAAUCUGGCAGUUGCAGGCUUUGCGACAGUUGGUGCAGGCGACACAGGCCGCUUCCUGGGCCAUACAUCAAUGCAUCUUUGGGGCUCCCACCUCCAAACCGACCAGGUUGAUUUCAAAUUUACCAAAUUGUUUGCAACAUGGUGUGAACUGGGCGACUUUUGAUGAAGCUGGCUUUUACACAGGACCAUUGGGGAAAUGUCCCCACAUCUCGCACCCACCACUUCUGGGAUUUAAUGUGGAAUUGCAGAAGUGGAACACAGCUGAUUCAGCGGCAUAUCCUGAAGAAAUGUGCAAAUCAAUAGCUUUGGACAUAAUCUCAGCGCUCCCACAGUGCAUGGCUGCGCAGGGGGUACAUGACACUGCAACAGCGCCUACUACAGAUACACCUACAACCACUGCACUUCCAACAGCCAAGACACCUGCCACCACUUCCACCAACCCUUCAACGGUCAUCCAGGACACCACAUCAACGACCUCUUCAACUGCGCUCCACAGGGGCAAGGGGCCUGUGUCUGGACCGACUGGAUUCAGUGAGCCAGCCAAUGGGGAAACUGAGAACGAAGGCAACAAGCCCCAUGGAGAGAUUUGGAUAUCAUCAGGUGAAGAUCAGAUAGCUGGAAGUGGGCAGAUGCAAGAGGAUAUGGUGUUUGACAGUACAACCUCUUCUUGUUUUGGACAGCCCAUCAUUUGCAGAUACGAAAGUUGCAAGAAAGAGUUCACUGAUGGCUUUGGAUUGUGCUCACCGGGCAGGUGGUUGCCAGGGGCUCGCAAUUAUCUGGCUAAAGGAGAUUGGGGACUUGCGGAAGGAAGCAUUUCGCUUGGCACUUGGGCAAAGCAGCAAUCCCCUUUUGGUCCGGAACAGUUGCAGACAUUGAGAAAGAAGAUAGCCACCUUGCUCAGACCGGGAGAUGAAGAUGCUUUACUUGUGCAGCCACCGCGGCAACCUUUCUUUCUUUAUUUGCUUGCAGAAUCUUUGAGGGAGCUGGAUGAUCCCGAUUGGGAGAUACUGGUCCAAGGUGAAGAAUGUUUUGCAAAGGGAGUGCCGCUUGGUGUGGAGACCGAGCUUCCAAGAACUCCCCAGGUGUUCAGGCGCAGAGAGAAGUUUAGGCAGCUGGACAUCACUGACUUUCAACCGGACAUGAAAAACUAUGCUACGGCAGAGCUUUCUUCGGAAGAGUUGGAGACGCACUUCAGAAAGGACGAAUUGCUGGGGAGGAUGCUUCCCACGACUCUAGCGGAGGCCAAGAUGGAGUACGGUGAAGAAGCAGUACUCAUUGCAGCAAUGGGAGCAAUACAGAAACCAGAUGGUAGUGUGCGCCCCUUGCAUGAUGGCACACACGGCAUUGGGCUCAACAACAAGAUCAAAAUACUUGACCGCCUGGAAGUUCCAGGACCAGAGGAGAUCAUAGAGUUGGUGGCCCUUGCAGCAGAGUCCCGUGAAGCUGCCUUCUGUCUUUCAGCAGAUAUAAGCCAGGCGCAUCGAUGCGUGCUCAUACGUAAGGCUGACUGGGCACGGUUAGCAUGUCGCUCAAAAUCAGAUUCACGAACAUUGUGGCUGAAUUGUGUUGGCACCUUUGGAGUUUCAAGCGCAGCAUACUGGUGGACUAGAUUAUUUGCUUGCGUGGGACGAUGGGUCCUAAGGAUUUUGGAUAGGAGACAGACGAUGCAGCUGGCAUACGUCGACGACGUGCACUUGCUUUGCCUGGGCCCACAGAAAUUUGUAGCACUCUGGCUGAGCAUACUGGCAUAUGAGAUCAUGGGCACACCAUUUGCGUACCACAAAUUCAGAGGUGGCCUCAAUGUGGAGUACGUUGGUUACCAGAUGGAAUAUGACCGACAAGUGGCAGGCAUUUCAAAGAAGAGAGCAGAAUGGGUCAUCAAGUGGAUCGAUGAUGCAGAAAGGAACGGAUGGAUGGUGCAAGGGAGAUCAUUUAUAGAGUUCACUGGAAGGUUGUCAUUUGUUGCGAGGGUGGUCACUUGGAUCAAACCAUUUCUGGCUCCACUCUUUGCUUGGACAUCGGUGCUUGCACGGGGAACCGUCACAAGGGUUCCCACCUUGGUCUUUAUUUCUUUGAGAUUUUUGCGGCAGCAGAUACAACACCAUGGACACUGGGUGAAUGUGCAGGCACCUUGGCAGUCUCCCAGUGAGGCAUUCCGUACGGAUGCGAAGUGCGAGGACGGACGGAUUGUCCUAGCUGGAUGGUCUCUGGAAGCUGGAGUGGAAGACUUGAAGAGAUCAUCAUGGUUUUGCUUGGAGGUAUACCCUACGGAUCUUCCCAUGUUCUUCAAAGAAGAUGGCUCGUCGCAGUGGUGCUCUACUGCGGCAGAACUCAUGGCAUCGUACGCAGCUGCGUGCGCUUUCGGCUAUUUGAAGGGAGAGAAACGGGUGAAGAAUCUGAAACUGGCGAUCACUGGCGGGACUGACAACAAGUCUAAUCAGUCCUUGCAGAACAAGAACAUGUCAACGAAAUGGCCGUUGUUAGCGGUUCACAUGCAAGUUUCGGCGGAGUUGCUUUCAUGCGGAACAAGGAUGAAAUUGCGCUGGAGACCAAGGGAGCAGAAUGUUCCUGCCGACUCCCUCACCAAUCAAGACUUCAGUUUAUUUGAGUCGGAUAACCGUAUUCCCAUCACCUUGGGAGACCUUCCUCUGGAACUGCUGAAGGAGCUUUGUUCGGCGAGAGAUGAGUUUGUUGAAGCGAGAGAUGGCCAGGUUGGUUUGAGACUGGUUGAAGGCAGGCAGACAAAAAGACAAAAGAUGGCAAACAAAACUGUAUGGUAA